GGGGGAGGGGAGGACGCGCUGUGCGGGCGCGCGCGCCGCCGCCAGUCGACGCGGGCCGGGCGAGCGCACCUCCCCUGCCCCCCACCCCUCCCCAUCCCGGGGGCCCGGCGCGCGGCCCUGCUGACGUCAGCAGGCGGCUGGCGGUGCGGGGUGCGCAGAGCCGCUGGCGCACUCGCGCUCUGCGCUCGUCCCCUCCCCCGCCCGGGCUGUGGCGCGCGCGCUCGCUCGCUCUCCCUUCAUUUUUUUCUCCCCUCCCUCCCAGCUUCUCUCUCUUUUUCUCUCUCUCUCUCUCUCCCACUCCCUUUCCCUUUCCCUCUCCCCCUCAAGCUCACGGCUGCCCGCGGCUCUCUCGCGCUCUCGCUCUCUCUCCGGUAGGCUCCACAGAGAGAUGCGAGCCCUGGGAGGCAGCGACGCCGCCUCCAGCUAAAGACCUGCCCCCUGGCCCGGCCCGGCCCCUUGCCCAGCCCUGCCCAGCGCGCGGGGGUCGGCGAAGGCGCCGCGGACGCACGGACGGCUGAGGACCCGCGAUGCACAUGCACUAGCAGCACCCCCUAACUCACUCCCUCCACACCCCGCGCCGCCUCCUCCUCCGGCAGCAGCGGCAGAAGGACCCACCCUGCCCCCCACCCCACCCUCUGCCGGCUCCGGCUGCGGUUACUGCCUCGACUAUUAUUUUAUUUAUUUUGGGUCGUGCACAAGCCUCAGUGCCUGCAGCCCUCGCCUCCUCGGACCACGGGCGCUUCCUCCCUCGGCUUCGGAGCCCCAGACCCCCGCCACCCUCGCCUCGACACCCCCUGAGCCCCGCCAGCUGCCGCGAGUCUCCGUGGCUGAAUCUUGUUAGCCGCUGUCUUUUUGGGGGUUCUGGUUUCCUGACAUUUUUGUUUUCAGCGAAAGGGAGGCUAUCGUGAUUUUUCCCCCUUUGAACCCAGGCUCUGCUCUCUGGGGGGGGUGGGGGGCGCGCCGAGCCGGGGAGCUGUGCCAGCCAAGUCGUGCGGGCUGUGGCAGGGAAGGGGCCACCAUGGGAUGUACUCUGAGCGCAGAGGAGCGAGCUGCCCUCGAGCGGAGCAAAGCGAUUGAGAAAAACCUCAAAGAGGAUGGCAUCAGCGCCGCCAAAGACGUGAAAUUACUCCUACUAGGGGCUGGAGAAUCAGGAAAAAGCACCAUUGUGAAGCAGAUGAAGAUCAUCCAUGAAGAUGGCUUCUCUGGAGAAGACGUGAAACAGUAUAAGCCUGUUGUCUACAGCAACACCAUCCAGUCCCUGGCAGCCAUCGUCCGGGCCAUGGACACUUUGGGCAUCGAAUAUGGUGACAAGGAGAGAAAGGCUGAUGCCAAGAUGGUGUGUGACGUGGUGAGUCGGAUGGAAGACACGGAGCCCUUCUCUGCAGAGCUGCUCUCCGCCAUGAUGCGCCUCUGGGGCGACUCAGGGAUCCAGGAGUGCUUCAACAGGUCCCGGGAGUACCAGCUCAAUGACUCGGCCAAAUACUACCUGGACAGCCUGGAUCGGAUCGGGGCCGCCGACUACCAGCCCACCGAGCAGGACAUCCUCCGAACCAGGGUCAAAACCACCGGCAUCGUAGAAACCCACUUCACAUUCAAGAACCUCCACUUCAGGCUGUUCGACGUCGGGGGUCAACGAUCUGAACGCAAGAAGUGGAUCCACUGCUUCGAGGACGUCACGGCCAUCAUCUUCUGCGUCGCGCUCAGCGGCUAUGACCAGGUGCUCCAUGAAGACGAGACCACGAACCGCAUGCAUGAAUCCCUGAAGCUUUUCGACAGCAUCUGUAACAACAAAUGGUUCACGGACACGUCCAUCAUCCUGUUUCUUAACAAGAAGGACAUAUUCGAAGAGAAGAUCAAGAAGUCCCCGCUAACCAUCUGCUUUCCUGAGUACACAGGCCCCAGCACCUUCACGGAGGCCGUGGCGUAUAUCCAGGCCCAGUACGAGAGCAGGAACAAGUCUGCCCACAAGGAGGUCUACACCCACGUCACUUGUGCCACCGACACCAACAACAUCCAGUUUGUCUUUGACGCGGUGACGGACGUCAUCAUCGCCAAAAACCUUCGGGGCUGUGGCCUCUACUGAGCCCUGGCCUCACCGCCCAGCCGCCCGCUGCCCUGCCCGGCCCGCUGCCCCACCCCUGCCCUGGAACCAGAGCUCCGCCACUUCCCGACCAUUCUCUGCACUUGACAGAAGCACCGGUAGCGGGCACCGAGGGGGAGGAGGAGGCACCCUCCACAGCUGCCCCCGCCCCUGACACCAGAACGCGUGGUAACAGGGAUGGCGGGGGGCCAAGUGCCCGCGCCGUGCCAAGAUUGGGGGCUCACUGCCUUUGGGCCGCUCGCUGGCCUCUGCUUCGCCGCUGGGUGUUUUCCGGGGACGAGGGGUGUGGGGGCCAAGGCUGCCAUCCAGCCCAGAACGGGUGCGCGCUCUUCAUGUGGUGACGCAUGCUUGAAGUCCCAGUGUUUCCUGUCUUCUGAGGUUGUGCAGGUGUUGGGGGUGGCCCUGGGGCAGGGUGCUGCAGGGCUGGGGCAGUGGGACUGCUCAGCUUUUCUUGGGUCAGCUCCGUCACCCAAAGCCAGGGUGGGACCAGGUCACCGACUGUGUGUGGGUCUGGGGCUCAGGCCUUGGCAAGUGCCUCCCUCCUCCCCUUGGGUCUCAGCCCCUGGACACAAGCCCGUCCUCCUCUGGGCCUUCCUCCCUUUCAAGCUCCUGGGCCUUCCCAGUGCCUCCUGGGGAACCCGCAUCCCUGACUCCUCACAGGUGUGGAAAUGCUUCUGAGACUUCUCGCCAAAGCAUGUGGCAGGUGGUAGGAGGGAUCAGGUCCCUGGUGUCUGAACAGAGGUGGCAAAGGAGGCGGGAGGCUGUGGGGGAGCAGAAACCUAGCAGAAGUGGCUCCUCUGUUGACUGGGAUGGAGGCCUCGUGCCCAGUCUUUGCAGCCCCAAAGGUGACCUGUCUACUUCUCCCAUCACCCGGGUCUCUGGCGGCUGCUCUGGAAUGUAAACAGAUAUGCUUUUCCUUCCUGAAUGUACAGUGAACGCAGUGGAAACCAGCAGGGGCAGCAGGGGGCCUUUGGACUGUUCUGUAGUCAGGGAAGCCCAGGGGAGGUGUGGACACAGGCCCUGUAGCCAGUGUCCCAGCUUCUUUGUCUUGGUGAAGUAACCAGGGAGUUUGCCGCAGCUCUUGGGGUCCUGCCAGCACCCCUAGGGCGGAGGAGGGUAGUUGGACGGGCCCACCAACUGGAAUAUGUGCUGUGAGGGGCGCAGCCUGGCUCAAAUACACACCCAGUCCCCUCUUCUGGACAGAGUCCUCGGGCCCCUUGGCAGGACAUUGCUGCAGAAAUCCCUGAGCAGAAAAGGGUGGGGUAGCUCUUCCUGGUGACCCAGGCCCUGGCUGGCCUCAGGAAAUGAGCACUCCUCUCUCUUAUACCUGAUGCCACCAGCCAACACCCCAGGCAGACCAUGUGUGCUUGGGAUGGCAGGCUCUGGCUGGCACACGGGGAGCCAGAGGUGCCAUGGGAGGAGAGGGGCUGCCCUUUGGGAGCCUCAGGCUCCCUCCUCAAGGCCCUGCUCCUCCAGCCUCCACUUCGCGCUAUCCUCAGUCCUGGGCCAGGCAGGACCCCUGGACUCCCAGCACAGCUCCUAACUGCCCUGUGGCCAGGAGCAGCCUCGUGCUAGCAGACCCAGAGCUCCGGGGGGCUGUACGGGAGACCCGUGGCACCUUCCCUAGUGCCAAAUGCCUGCAGGGACUGACCCCUGGUCUGGCUCUCUUGCUGCUGCUCUUGGCCUUGUGGGAGGUCAUGAGGCAGCCAGGCGGCAGGAGCCACCCCACCAACCCAAGUCCACUUUCAUCUUGUUUGCCUUGUUGUGUGCUGUGCCUCAUACCAGGGGCUGGGUCAUGGCAGGGACAGGCCCCUGGAGCCAGUUGCCUCAAUGUCCUGCGUGGGCUGCUGGGGCCAGUCAGGCCAUAUCGCCCAACACUGAAGGCAGAGCAGUUAUUCCUGGCACCACCACCCUGGGUGUGGUCAGGUGUGCCCUUAACUUUGUCCUCUGACCCCAGUCUCAAGAGAAGGGAUGCUGGCCAAGUCCCACCUCUUGGGCCGUCGCCCUGCAGGUGGGAGUCAUCGGCUGUCCAGGCAGCCUGCAGGCACGAGGACCCUGGGUCCUGGCCUGCUCUCUCGGCAGCGUUCCAUGGCUGGGGAGUGGGUGCCUGGGGCCUCCUGCCCUUCUGGCCCCUGGGCGGCCUUUUCUCUCUUAGAUGCUCUGCUAUAUUCAGCUUCUUAUGCUGUUCUUGCCCUCUGACCUGGCCCACCCAGGGGAGUCCUCGGCUGUCUGGUAGAAGCCCCCAAGGAGCCAGUUCCCAUCCAGAGUAAGCCUCCCUCCCUGUCCACUGCGUCUCCAUCCACAUCAUCACUGGUGGCUCCACCGUGGGGAGAGACAGCUGAGGUGGCAGAUGAGUUUUGGCUCCGUCGUGGGGGUGAGUGUAGGGGAGGUGUUUUGAGUGACCAGACAUGGUUGGGUCUCUUAUCGACAGUCGCCACGUGUGUGCCCCAAAGGGGACAUGCUUCAACCCUCUGAAUGGCUCUAGUUUAUCAGGCCAAAGGGGAAACUGAUUUCUAGGAGGGGCACCUUUGCCAAACCCUUGAAAAUUACGCCUGCCGCCUCGAUGCCUGUGGGCAAGUUCUCUGCUGCACCAACCCGCCCUCACCAGAGCCAGGUCUUGACCUUCCCACCAAGAACCCAUAGAGGCCCCUGGCACUCUGCCCUGACUGGGCGGGGACAGUGCCUGCAGCCUAAGGCAGGGCUCCGUUGAGCCUGAGGCCUCUGGCCUGAGGAAGGCAUAGGGUCUGCCCCAACCCUGAGCACACAGCAUAGCUCAGGGCCUCUCGCCAAUAGCUUUGACCCUCUGGUCCCAUGGCCACCUUCCAUGGGGCCCAAGUGCCUGGUGCCCUGGCCCUUUCUCUCCCCUGAGAGCCUGAGGGCCCUUAGCCACAUGCCCCUACCAUGGGGCAGUGGGCCAAGCUCAGCUGGAAAACCACCAGCAUAUCUGGUGCCAGGAGGCAGCUUGGCUUCCCAGCCUCUCCCCCAAGUCCAGCUCCACUGAUGGGGACUGGAGCCACCCUGCCCUCCACGACUGCCCAGGACCCCACAGAUGCCCUCCCUCCCCAGAGCCCCUUAAGCGGGCUCACAGAGAAGACCCAGGGCAGCACACCCCAGCCUUUCCCUCCUGCCAGGUUGAGUCCCCACUGCUCCCUCAACGCAUGGACAGUUUAUGCCCUGGUGGGCGAGUUUGCAGGCACUCUUCCUGCCUCCCCUGGCUUCCCUUGGUCUGACUUGGCACACUCUUUGGCCCUCUUGGUGAGUAAACCCACUGCAACCCGGGCCUCAAGUCUCUUCUCUCCAGAUCACGUAGUGGCCUGCCCGGCUCCCUUUUUGAGAAGUCUGGUGCACAAGGCCUCUUCGGGCUGCCUCUGCUUUACCCUGAGCCUUCUGGAAGCCUCUGGGCGCAAUCUAGCAGUUCUUAGGAACUGAGGCUCAAGGCUCCGGCUCCUUGGCCUCGAAAGAUUCGGUCCAGGGUGCCAAAGGCCAGCAUCCCCCAGACAGCCCCCCAAUGUCAACCCACAAGCCUGCAGAGUGAAGGAUCCCAGCAGCCUAGAGAGUGAGGCAGGGCUCAAGAGCAGACCAGGAAUGGUCCAGUGCAUGCUGCUGGACCCCGCUCCCCGCCCCAGGAAGGCGAAUCCUGACCGCUCUUGCCCAGGAGCAUAGUGGGGCCUUCCCAUGGGGGCCCCAGACCCCACCCCAACCAGACGAAGACCCUGUCAAGAGGGUGGGGCUGGUGGGGCAGAAGAGGUCCAGUGUGCCCAGACCACCAGCCUGAGCCCACAGCCCUUUUCAGCAGAGCCAGCAGCUGAGAUGCAACCCUUCUCGCAUGGCCCAUCCUUUCCUCGCCACCCUGGGCACCCUCACCCCCCGUUCCUGCUGCCUCCCUGAGCAGCCAGACCCUUUCCCUCCUGGUCUCUGCCUUGGCCCCUGCAUCGUUGGUGCCCCCUGCCUCCUCCCACUGGCUGUGGCGGCCUGCUCCCCUCCUUAGCAAACCUCCUCUCUAGAUGCAGUGGUCCCACCUCCCAACCCCGCUGCCGCCGCCGCCACCACCACCCACCCCAUAUUAACUAAUUUUGUAAGACAACUGACUCCUUGGUUUAAUAAAUCCCUAGUCAUUGUAAUAAUUUAUUGGCUGCCGUAAUGUAUUUAUUAGUCACCUACCAUUAAUAAAAAGUGCCAGCUUUUUCUAGUGUGAGUGUGGUGUGUUGUGUUAGUGCCCCUGCAUAACAGACAUCCUGGGGCCAGACUGCAGGCUGCCUGGUGGACGGGGCACGGGCCACCUGGACAGAAGGAUUCUGGAUGACUGGGAUUGCCAAGAGGGCGGAGGCCGGUCUGACCCGUCCAGCGUGCUUGGUGGGGGGUGGGGCGGCAGCCAGGCCACCGGCAGUGCUCUGCUGGGGCCCAGGGUGACAGUGGGCUGUCGGUGCUGUCGGCUGGCUUUGACCCCUGGCUUUUGUUUUCUCAAACGUGACUGCUCCCAUUUUGAGUGUGUUCUGGCAACUGUGUUCACUGGGGAAGCGUGUAAGGACAAGCUGGGCUCUUGGCUUCUUGGUGAUGGGCUCUGGUGGGUUCGGAGGGAUGGCACUCAGGCCUGCGGGCCACGGGGGCAUGUCUCUGCACCGGCGCCUCCCCUCCCACUGCCCUCCCUGCAUCCCCAGGCUCACUCCAGCACCCUCCCCAAGGGAGCAGGUCUGGCUGCGUGCAGCUCUGCCUCACCCCAAACCCCUCCCCUGCUCUGUGCCGCUCGGACCAGGACCUUUUCCUGUGUGUGCGUUUUCUCUCACAAUUAGACUGUGAGCUCUUGAAGAGCAGGAGCCUGUGGCUAGUGGUUCCUACAGCCCUGCAGGGCUGGUACUGGUGGGAAGCGUGGAAUUCUGGAACCAGGGCAGCUGGCAUGGAUUGUCCCUUCAGACCUAAGCUCGGUGGCUUCCAGACUCUCAGCCCAGCCCACCGCACAUGCCUAAUGGGCACAGUCUCCAUUCUGAGUUCAGGCCAUCCUGGUGGCCACUUCUGGUCCUGGGAGUGCCCUGGGCAUAUGUCUCCACUGCGUCCCCUAGUGUCUGUGGAUCAAGUGGAGCGAGUUGGGCAGUAAGCUGGGGUCUUGGCUCUGGCUGCGGGCUUCCAGCUCUUGGUCGAGCAGCUAUGGGACGAGGAGAUGCUGUGUGGCGGUGAGGCUUUUCCUACUGAAUCCUUGGCUGUCAGACAGCUCUGCUCUGCUCCCAGGUAGCCCUGGGAGCCUGGGUCUUCUCAGCCAGGUUCCCAGGAAACCUCCACCCGCCCUUUUCUGAACUGGCUCCACUGAGAUGGCACCAGGCAGAAGUGUCUUGCGCCUCCCUGAGUGUGACCAUGCAGUGACCAACCAGCAGAAUUGGGGGAGGACUGAGAAUGGAACUGACUGGUUGAGGCUAGGAGGGUAAUAAGCUCAGAGGAGUUGGUGCAGCAGAGUGAAAGGGCAAUGCAGUUUGCUAUGGAUCCCAGAGGGCGUAGAACCGUGUGGUGGUCUAGGGACCCCUAAGGGGCAGCUGAGCACCCAGGCUGCCCCUCCCCCAGGUGGCCUUGGCUGUAAGAACAAAGGUUUGGCACUGAUACACUUUCCCAGUCACCAGCAUGACAAUGCAGUCAUGGAGGAGCAGACUGAACACUUGUGGAGCUGGCCUGAUAAUUUAUUCCUUUAAAGCCCAUGCGCUGCUCACGCUGGCUGGAGAAGCCCAUUGCGCUGCAGGAGCUCUGGUCUGGCUCAGAGCCGGGUACAGGUCUCUGCUCCUCCCAGUGCCUGCCCUGUCACCCCUCACGGGUUAUAAAGGACUUGGAAGGUUAAACGACACGGGGCAGGUGAAGAGCGGGCACUGGGGCUCUGUGACUGGUGGUGGUCACUUCCCCUUCCUUCUGCUCCUGCUCAGGUGGAGGGAGACAAGUGACAGAGGUUUACUCAGCCCCACCGCUGGCUCGUGCUCCUCUUAGGGGGUAACACCCAGUGAUGCCCGUGCCACUUCUCUGUGUUUUUCUGCCGUGUGCUUCAGUCUUCUUACCCCUGAGGGAGCACGUAGCCUGGAAUUACCCACAGAGCUUGGCCUGGGGUGAACAAGUUCCCAGGGCUAGGCCAGGGUUUCUGGGAGACAUGAACUGCUCCUCCUUCCCCCAGAGGGGCAUUUCACGAGGGAGCCACCUUCCCGUGCAGAAAAGGGUUCGUUCACAGAGAACCAGGUUGCCCACGUUCCUGUGCCUGGCUUCCUGCAGUAGAAUUAGCCAUCCCUGCCCAGGGCAGAAGGCCAUCCUUCUGGGAUCCUGCUUGACUUGGAGGGCCCAUCCGUAUACACUCAUUUGCACUCCUGUGUGCAAAGCAGUUCUCCAUGUCUGCAGGGUUUAAAAGUCCCCACACAGCCGGACGUGGUUGAGUCUGACCCAGCCGGAGGGAGGAUGGCCAGUGCCCCAGGCACUCCUGCAGGCAGCCCCCAGUGCAGCCCCCGAGGAUGGGGGCAGGAGCCUGGCGUGACCUCCCCUCAGACCACCACUCCCAGAGGACACCCCCACCCAUAGGGUGGGCCCAAGAGGAAAGGUCUGGACGGGAAGGGCCAAAGCCCAACUCUCAGGCUCCCGGCCAGCACCCCAGUGCACAUGCACACAUGUUCGGGGAGACCCUCCCUUGGCUGGGGACUCUGACAGCCUGAUCCCCCUGUCCUCAGCCUCAGUCUUCGCCUUUGGCCCUGAGACGGGGGCCAUGGGGGCCAGGAGCCCCACCUCAGCUGCCAAGUAGCUCAAUUCCUCCCUCUCCAGCCUAACUGUCAUCUUCUCUUUCUCUGUCUCCCUGUCUGUCCCUCUCACUGUCUGUCUGGCUCUCUCCCUCCCCGCCUGGGGCUGCAGAACCGCAUGCACGAGUCUCUCAUGCUCUUCGACUCCAUCUGUAACAACAAGUUCUUCAUCGAUACCUCCAUCAUUCUCUUCCUCAACAAGAAAGAUCUCUUUGGUGAGAAGAUCAAGAAGUCACCUCUGACCAUCUGCUUUCCUGAGUACACAGGCCCCAACACCUAUGAAGAUGCCGCCGCCUACAUCCAAACACAAUUUGAAAGCAAAAACCGCUCGCCCAACAAAGAAAUUUAUUGUCACAUGACUUGUGCCACAGACACGAAUAACAUCCAGGUGGUGUUCGACGCCGUCACCGACAUCAUCAUUGCCAACAACCUCCGGGGCUGCGGCUUGUACUGACCUCUUGUCCUGUAUAGCAACCUAUUUGACUGCUUCACGGACUCUCUGCUGUUGACGUUGAUCUCCUGGUAGCAUGACCUUUUGGCCUUUGUAAGACACACAGCCUUUCUGUAUCAAGCCCCUGUCUAACCUACGACCCAGAGUGACUGACGGCUGUGUAUUUCUGUAGAAUGCUGUAGAAUCCGGUUUUAGUUGAGUCUUUACAUUUAGAAUUUGAAAGGAAAAGAAGAACAUUUCUCAUGUGCUUUGUAGCUUAAAAAAAAAACAAAAAACAAAAGGAAAAAGGAAAACUCACCAUCUCAUCCAUCUUUCUUUUCUUUUUUGAAGAAACGUACGUACACUCAUGCAUCCGUGCCCUCCCCAUCCCACCUGCAGAGGUGCCGCCUGUCCGCACGGGGGCGCUGGUCCCCACAGCGGCCCAGGCCCCACUUUCCAGAUGCGGCCUCACCGCCCACAGCCCUCCCCCAACCCAGACCCACAGCCCUGAGCCCCUCCAACCACACGCUCGCUCCAGGUUUGUAUAGAAAAAGCACAGCUCUCACUGGCCAGUAGCUGCCCCCAAAAGAAUACAGAACAUAUAUAUAAAUAGAGCCCUAUAGAAAACAGUUUCCCCCCAACCCCUUUCUACAGUUACUUUCUCAUUUUUUUCCAGUUGUUUUAGUUUUUCUUUGUCCUGAUAAGAACUAUGUAUUACAUACCAGGUCAGCUUUCAGUCUUUGGGAACCGGGUUGUGGUUUACCCCCUGCUGACAUUUCGCUUCUCCGUCUCUCAGAUGGAUGUGUGCGCACCCCUCCACCUUUUCCUUUGUUUCAGUGACCUGUGUUCGCUCUUUCUCAUGUGGGGAUGUUUGUGCUGCAGAUACAAACAAAAAUUUUUAAAUACCACAAGAUGGGAAAAAAAAAAAAAAAAAGAUGGAAUGUAGUGUUUACAUGAAAGCCACAGUUCUCAUGAUCAGCCCACUGUCAUUUCUACUUUGACUAGUAUCAAACCCCAAACCUCUUCACGGUUUCACUUUUAAGACUUAAUAUUUGCUGAAGACCAGUCACAGCCAUUUCAGAUAAAGAGGCAAAAAGACAAAACACAAAAAAUUUAAAAUGCAGAAAAAUAAAAAAACUUGGAAAAAAAAAAAGGAAAAAAAAAAAAAAAAAGAAGCCCACGGGUCUUUCUAAGCCUUUCUAUUCCCAAUCGGUGAGGUUUCUGUGAUAUCUUACACACUGCCAGUCUACUUCUCUGACUAAUGGAAAAUUCAUGUGUAGCUCAAUAAAGAGAAUGUUUGUCUGUA